AUGGCCGUCUUCACUUUUGAGGAUGAAAUCACCUCCACCGUCCCCCCUGCUAAGCUUUACAAUGCUUUGAAGGAUGCCGACUCCAUCACCCCUAAGAUUAUUGAUGACGUCAAGAGUGUUGAAAUCGUCGAGGGAAACGGUGGUCCUGGAACCAUCAAGAAACUCACCAUUGUCGAAAAUGGAGAAACCAAGUUUAUCUUGCACAAAGUGGAGGCAAUAGAUGAGGCUAACUAUGCAUACAACUACAGCGUGGUUGGAGGAGUGGCGCUGCCUCCCACGGCGGAGAAGAUAACAUUUGAGACAAAGCUGGUAGAAGGACCCAACGGAGGAUCCAUUGGGAAGCUUACUCUCAAGUACCACUCUAAAGGAGAUGCAAAGCCAGAUGAGGAAGAGUUGAAGAAGGGUAAGGCCAAGGGUGAAGGUCUCUUCAGGGCUAUUGAGGGUUACGUCUUGGCCAACCCUACUCUGUAUUGAUUACAACAACAUCAUCAAUUCUGUGUCGUUCAAUGUUGCAUGUUUCUUAUACCAACCAAAUUUGUGUGCUUGGUUUCUAAUAAAAUUUGAGUCUUUGUAUCCCACUUCAUCAAUAUAAAAAGUUAGUACGUUUUUUUUGUUUUU